CACCACCCUCCACCUAGAGCCAUGGAUGCCGCUCUGCUCCUGAACGUGGAAGGAGUCAAGAAAACCAUUCUGCACGGGGGCACGGGGGAGCUCCCAAACUUCAUCACCGGAUCCCGGGUGAUCUUUCAUUUCCGCACCAUGAAAUGCGACGCGGAGCGGACAAUGAUCGAUGACAGCAAGCAGGUGGGCUAUCCCAUGCACAUCAUCAUCGGGAACAUGUUCAAACUCGAGGUCUGGGAGAUCCUGCUGACGUCCAUGCGGGUCCAUGAGGUGGCUGAGUUCUGGUGUGACAGCAUU